AUGAAAGAAGAUAUCGACGUUCUCGCAGAUACGACGACACUGGACAAUACAAAGUCAGAGGAUGAAGACGUGAAAGAGGAUCUUGAUGCGGCGCAACGUCGACGAAUUGCCGAAACUCGAACGGGAAUGGCUGAAAACGAAUGGCGCAUCAAUUUCGAACAAGUGCUCGCCACAGUUCUUAGCGAGGCCUUACUGGCGAAUUAUUUUGAGACCAAGUACUCGUUACAAGGACUUGUCAAGAGGUACCGGGAAAGCGUUUGCAUCGUGCGUCUUGGAGUGGUUCGAUUCGAAUGCUCCCAAAGCACUAACACGCGCUACGAAACGUCGUUUCCUCCAUGUUAUAAUUAA